AUUGUGUAUUCUAAAUUGUUCCUUAGUAUGAAUCCCUCUGUUGAAUUGGAUUUCUGAUUCUAAGUAAUAUCUGCUAUAUAGUGAUUUCCUCAACUACUAUCACAUGGCAAACUAAGUGACAGAGUGGGUGAAAAGUGGCUGAAAUCCUCAAAUCUAUUAGCCACGUGAGGACUAAGCUUGUGAUUUUGACUAAUGUCAAAUAUGGUGGUGAUUAUGAAAAGAUCAGUUUUCACAUCCAGUCAGUAAUGUGACAAACACUUUAAUCUAAAUAUCUUAAUUCCUUUUAUUAUGUUUCUGCUAAAAGUCUCAUAAAAUCCUACUGUGUGGAUGACUCAUGUGUAUCCUAAAAAUAGUGGUGCUGUGAACUACACUUGAUCUGAGCUUUGAGCCCCACUUUAUUAUUUACUAUGUGGUUAACCUUGGAAAAAUUCCAUUUUUUUAAUAUUUGAAAAAUGGGGAUAGCACAAACAAUGAAUAUAUUCUGUUAAACAUAAAAUAGUACAUAUACCCAUGUAUACCUAUUUAUAAAAAUAUUUAAACAUUUUUGCUGUUCUCUUAGGUUGACUUAAGUGGAUAAAUUAUGAAGAUACACUCUGAAGCCACAGAGUAAAAAUAAGCGAAGAGACUAUGUAAUGUUCUCCAAAGGUUGUCUGUAACAUUCGUGUGGAGCUGGUCUAUGCAGUGGUCUUGUCAUAGGAACAGUCACACAAGAAACUAAGAGGAGCUGGAAUAUGAAAUCAACAGAUAUCUGUGUUUAAACAGAUGUUAAAUUUCAGUUUAUGCUAUUCAAUUUAUUAUUACUAAGUGUCUAUAAAACAAGGUGACUAAUAUAUACUAUGCAGUGUCAGGCAUAGAAAGAUGUAUGCCCCCUGAAAAUCAGAGUUUCUGUGAAUUUUGACCAUCGUGAAUUGCAAUUUAAAAUUUCCAGUCCUAUUGAGUGGUAUUUUGCCAUCUCAACUCUUUACUUUCUAGGGCAGAUGAAGUCAGGCUUAUAAUUACUAAUUAGUCAGGAGUUUUAGAAACAUCAACCCAGGAACAUGUCCUCAACAACAGGAAAAGUUACUUCUAUAUGUUUCUUUAAUCAUAGGUAGAUCUUCACAUAGUGGCAAUGGAAUAGAUACUUUAAUCAUUUCCAAUUUUAUUGUAUUUUGUUGAUACACAUUGUUGAAGAUAACUGGACUUCAGGGCUUCAAGCAAAUACUCCUUAUAAUACAUUCUUUAAAAACCAAUUGUUCAGGUAAUGUGUAACAUGUAACACUUGUUUCCUGACAGUGAAUAUAUCUUAUAGGAGAUCUUCCUUUGACAUCCUGAAAGCAGAGGACAUGGAUAAAAUUAACCAGACAUUUGUGCUAGAAUUUCUUCUUCUGGGUUUUUCUGAAUACCCAAAGAUUGAGAUUGUUUACUUUGUUGUAAUUCUAAGUAUGUACCUAGUUGUUCUAAUUGGCAACGGUGUUCUGAUCACAGCAAGCAUCUUUGAUUCCCAUCUUCACUCCCCCAUGUACUUCUUCCUGGGAAACCUGUCUUUUCUGGAUAUCUGCUAUACAUCUUCUUCUGUUCCUUCAACUUUGGUGAGCUUAAUCUCAAAGAAAAGGAACAUUUCCUUCUCUGGAUGUGCAGUGCAGAUGUUUUUUGGAUUUGCAAUGGGUUCAACAGAGUGCUUGCUCCUUGGCAUGAUGGCUUUUGACCGCUAUGUGGCCAUCUGUAACCCUCUGAGAUACCCUGUCAUCAUGAGCAAGGUGCUGUAUGUCCUGAUGGCUUCUCUGUCAUGGCUAUCUGGCGGAAUCAACUCAAUUGUACAAACAUCUCUUGCCAUGCGAUUGCCUUUCUGUGAGAAUAAUGUAAUCAAUCAUUUCACAUGUGAAAUAUUAGCUGUUCUCAAGCUAGCUUGUACUGAUAUAUCUCUCAAUAUUAUCACCAUGAUGGUAUCAAAUAUGGCAUUUCUAGUUCUUCCACUGCUGGUCAUAUUUUUCUCCUACAUGUUCAUCCUCUAUACCAUCUUGAGAAUGAACUCAGCUACAGGGAGACAUAAGGCCUUUUCUACCUGCUCAGCACAUCUGACUGUGGUAAUUAUAUUUUAUGGUACCAUCUUCUUUAUGUAUGCCAAACCUAAGUCUCAAGAACUGCACGGAGAAAACAAGUUGCAAGCUUCUGACAAGCUCAUUUCCCUGUUUUAUGGUGUAGUGACUCCCAUGCUAAAUCCUAUAAUCUACAGCUUGAGGAAUAAGGAUGUAAAAGCUGCUGUAAAAUAUUUGCUAAACCAAAAACCUAUCCAAUAAGUGAGAGGGUAAUAGGCUGGAAGGCCAGGGGUCUCCAAACAGAGGAAAUAGCCUGCAAGUGUCAGACAUUUUUAUCUCUCUUAAGCGGCAGGAGGAAACAAACUAGGGAUAUUUUUUUCCUUCUCUAUACAAAUUUAAA